AUGGAAAUACUUCUCAACGAGUGUGAAGACAACUUGCAGGUCACUGGAAAGCUCAUCAACGCCGUCAGAGAAAACGUGGAUGAUGGGGACAAACUGAUGACGCUACUGCUCGACAGAUUUGAGAUCAAGAUGGAAAGCCUUGACGAAUCGAUGGAAAUUCUCGUGCACGAGUUCAGUGAUGUCACAUUCAACGACAACAUUUUGAGGGCUGCUGUGGGCAAUUCGAUAUACUGCCACGAGGUCAUGUCCCUGCUUCUGAACAAGUAUGGAGACAGAUAA